AUUAUCUUUGAACAAUACAAACCCUAACCAAAAUCUACCAUUUAUUUCUCUCUCUUUCGUUAUUAUCAAUGGCGUUCAAAAAAACUCUAGCUCAGCGUCUUUCCAAUGUAUACAAAACCACCGGUUUUUCCAUUUCUGCUUCUCGUAUAUCUUCAUCAUCCAUGUCACCCAGAAAGCUGGUACCUCCUCAUCCUGAUGACAAAAUCGCUCCGGAUCCCGGAAAUAAUGGAAUUAUCCGGCGAUUCAUCCAUCGUCGACUCAUUGGCACAUCGCCGGCCACCUCUCCGGAUCUCCGGUCACUACCUACCGGAGAAAGUCUCAUCGAGAAAAUCCGUGAAAUGGAUGUUAACAAAAGCAGGAUCAAACUCGAUGGAUUCCUGCCGCCGCUAGAGAUGCGGCCUGAACCGGAACCGGAGGUGACGACGGAGGGGAACUUGACGGUGGCGGAUGCGAAGAAGCUGUUCAAAGUAUCACAAUUGGAGAUGGUGAAACUGAGGCUAAAGCAAACUGAAAAGAAUUGUGUUUCGUACCCGGAAUUUGUUCAGAUCUGCUCUGGAAUUAGUUCGAGUAAUGAUUCAGGCAUCGAAUUGGCGAAGAUUCUAGAUGAUUCUGGAACUGUGCUUGUUCUGGGAAACGUUGUGUUCCUCAGGCCUGAUCAGGUAGUGAAAACUCUACAAAGCCUACUGCCAAUCCCCGCGACGACGAUCCCAAAGGAUCCACAAAUGAUGGAGGAGUUCAACAAGAUGGAAGAGGAAAAAACAGCCAUUGACAGAAAAGCAGAGUCAUUGGUGCGUAGAGAACUAUGGGCUGGGCUGGGCUACUUUGUGAUUCAAACAGCAGCAUUCAUGAGAUUGACAUUUUGGGAACUAUCCUGGGAUGUCAUGGAACCAAUUUGCUUCUAUGUUACAUCAUUUUACUGCAUGGCUGGUUAUACUUUCUUCCUAAGGACUGCGAAAGAGCCUUCUUUCGAAGGAUUUUAUCAGAGCCGGUUCGUUGCUAAGCAAAAACGACUCAUGAAGGUUCGGAAUUUUGAUCUUGAAAGGUAUAACGAGCUCAAAAGAGCUUGUUAUCCUCAAUCAACGAUGGUGCAUCCUGUAAAAACUUUAACAAUUUGUUAGCUAACAGAAUUUAUUUUUUUAGGAA